GGCAGGUCUGUACUUGAAGAAACCCUCGCCCCGUGUUUCAACUCUGUUUCAGUUUUACACUCUCCUCGUGUCCUCUGCUAAAUAAUCAUCAUUGUGAUGUGCAGUUCAUAAAGGAAGCGUCCCCCAAAAUGUCGUCUUUGGCCGUGAUGGGCCAAGCAGGAGCCCGGAGACUUGCGACAGGAACGUGGAGAAGAUUCAUGAAGGACGGCAGAUGUUUCACUACCUCAGCUUCUCACCGGAACGCUUCAUCCUCACCUGCAGCCAAUCAGAAAACCCCGUCCUAUAGCUACGUGGUUGUUGGGGCAGGGUCAGCAGGUUGUGUCCUCGCCAAUCGCCUGACAGAAGACGCCCAGGAGUCCGUGUGUCUGUUGGAGGCCGGACCCAAGGACAAGUGGCUGGGAAGCUCCCGACUCUCGUGGAAGAUCCACAUGCCAGCCGCGCUGACCUACAACCUCUGUGAUGACAAAUAUAACUGGUUCUACCACACGCUACCUCAGGCCCACAUGGACAACAGGGUGCUGUACUGGCCCAGGGGCCGAGUCUGGGGAGGGUCCUCCUCACUUAAUGCCAUGGUUUACAUCCGUGGGCACGCAGAGGACUACAACCGCUGGCAGAGAGAGGGUGCAGAGGGAUGGGACUAUGAGCAUUGUCUGCCUUACUUCAGAAAAGCUCAGUGCCAUGAACUGGGAGAAAACAGGUACAGAGGUGGCAGCGGACCUCUUCACGUGUCCAGAGGAAAGACCAACCAUCCCCUGCACAAGGCUUUUAUCGACGCAGGCCAGCAGGCAGGAUACCCCUUCACUGAUGACAUGAAUGGAUACCAGCAGGAAGGCGUUGGCUGGAUGGACAUGACCAUCUACCAAGGGAAGAGAUGGAGCUCUGCCAGCGCCUACCUCAGACCUGCACUGGGUCGGCCCAAUCUGAAGACAGAGGUGCACUGCAUGACCACCAAGAUCUUGUUUGAUGGGAACCGUGCUGUGGGGGUGGAGUAUGUACAGAACGGAGAGAAAAAGAGAGUGUUUGCAGAUAAAGAAGUGAUCUUGAGCGGAGGAGCCAUCAAUUCCCCUCAGCUUCUCAUGCUGUCUGGUGUGGGAAAUGCGGAGGAACUGAAGGCCCUCGGUAUUCCUGUCAUUCAGCACUUGCCAGGCGUUGGCAAUAAUCUGCAGGACCACUUGGAGCUGUACGUCCAGCAGCAGUGCACUCAGCCCAUCACCUUGUACAAGGCGCAGAAACCUUUCCACAUGAUCAAGAUUGGCCUCGAGUGGCUCACUCUUUUUACCGGCUACGGAGCUACAGCCCACUUGGAAAGCGGCGGAUUUAUACGCAGUCGACCUCACGUCACACACCCCGACAUUCAGUUUCAUUUCCUGCCUUCACAAGUUAUUGACCAUGGCCGGGUUUCUUCAAAGAUAGAAGCGUAUCAGGUUCAUGUUGGACCAAUGAGAAGCACCAGCAUCGGCUGGAUGAAGCUGAAAAGUCCCAAUCCCAUGGAUCACCCAAUUCUCCAGCCAAACUAUCUCUCCACUGAUAUCGAUGUGUGGGAAUUCAGGGAGUGCGUCAAACUGUCCAGAGAAAUUUUCGCUCAGAGUGCCUUCGACCCGUUCCGCGGCCCCGAGGUCCAGCCCGGGCUCCAGGUCCAGUCGGACGCUGACAUCGACGCCUUCGUCCGCCGGAAGGCCGACAGCGCCUACCACCCGUCCUGCACCUGCAAAAUGGGCUCCGCCUCCGACCCGACGGCGGUGGUGGACUCGAGCGCGCGCGUCCUGGGUCUGGAGCGACUGCGGGUGGUCGACGCGUCCAUCAUGCCCAGCAUCGUGAGCGGGAACCUGAACGCCCCGACCAUCAUGAUGGCAGAGAAGGCAGCUGACGUGAUCAGAGGUCGGCCUCCUCUGGUGGACCCCGGGGUUCCCGUGUACCGGCCCCCGACGCUUGAAACGCAGAGAUGAUCGGCCGAUUCGGUGAACAAAACGACCUCUGAGGUGGGAACGUCAGGGAAUUUAAUCAACAAAAAUCAAAAAAUGUGACUUAGUUUUGUUUAACCUAUGAUUCGCUUACACUCUUUUUCAACUCCACAAAUAACCCUUUGCGUUGAAGUGAAGGAUUUAGCAUGAAGUUCCAUGAUACGUCUUAGUGUGCUUGUUGGAACAAGCACACUACAAACAUCACUCUAAAAGUAGACAUUAUUACAGCCUGCCACAUAGCAGCUGCGCAGUAAAUGCAAAUUGCUCUUUGCAGAAUCUAAACAGUACCUGGAAGAGCCUUGUCAACACUUGCUCAGUUUUUUUUUUGUAUAAAUCUACUAAUGCAUGAGGACGUAAGGGGAAUGCUGUUUGCACCAACAACAUGGUUCAUCUCAACUUCACUGUAUCCACAGCUUGAAUUGUUUUAGGUUAAAGUACUAUAGAGCAACAUGUGAAACACUAACAAAACAAAAACCAGACUCAGUUGGUUAAGCUUGAAAUAUUAUCGUCACGUUAAUUAUGAUUUACUGCCUCUCUGCACUUUAGCUGCAGAACCUUGCAGCUGAAGUGAAAGGUUCUGUCUUUCCUCUUGUCUACCAAUCAGCUUCCUUCCUGCAAAUGUGCAGCUGUUCAGUUCAGCUCAUUUCAAUAGAUGUGUUUACACACUGUUGAACAGGAAGCCAAUCACUGCCGAGUUUCUGUUCGAGUUAACCUUAUCUCAAAAGAGGGAUGUUUUCAGUGCUAGACAUUCGCCAGAGUGCUCACACGGUUGCUUUUGUGUUUAGAGAAAGAUUAGUGCCGAUUAGAUUGGCCUGCGAGGCUGCCUACAUCAGCAUUUUUUAUUUGAGAAAAGCUGGAACAACAUCUGUUUUCUGGCAUAAGUCAUAAAGAUAUCUUCUUUUUUUUUUUACCCCUCCAAAAAACAAAAGCUUUAAAAUAUAAAUAAAAUACAUAUAAAAGUGAAAAAGGAAGCAACUUAAGAUUUUGCGAACAAAAUUAACUGCCUUUUUUCAAUCUCUAACACUAGCAGAUCUGUUUACACUAACGUGCAAGAGUUUUUUUUGUUUUUUUUUUCUAGGUUGCAGAUGUUGCAUUUUAGGGCAAAGAAGCAGUUAAAGGGCAAAUACCAUUUUUACAUAUUUUCCUUCUCAAUUGUGUUCAAUUCAUUUCAGUGUAUUUUUAUACCACUUGCUCACAACAAAUUUGGCCUCAAGGCUCUGUUCUUCUUUUUGCUCUUAAUAGUUCAUUUCAUUUCAAAAUUUAAAAAAUAUAUGUGGAGGGGGAGAAAAAGUGAAGAAAAUGCAGCUGAAUGCUGCAGAAGAGUAGUAUUGUUGAUACUUUUGGAGCACAGAACUGUUGCAUUAAUGCUUGCCAUAAUAUUCAUCCAAGACAAAAGUAGGAAAGUGUAGCUCUUUAGCUCAAAGCUCAAGUUAAAAAGUGAAGAUUUAUGCCAUACAAGUCGAAACUGCUUUACGUGGAUGAGGAGAACGCUGUUCGCUUCCGUACAGUUCGCUCACAUUUCCCGCGCUGCAGCAAAAAUGCCGACUGCGUCGUUUUUCUGAGUCUCCGAAAAGUGCAAACGCAUCCAUUCCACAUUUUUAUUUCAGGUCAGAAAAAAAAUAUUUCCUUCCUCGAUUGCCUUGAGAGAUUUCCACAAUGGUUGUGCCUCUUUUACCGAUCAUGACUCAAAAGGUCCUUUUUGUGUUUCAGGAAAAUGUUUUGACAUUCCUGAUCCACUUUGGAAAACAAUAGAAACCCAUUUAAUGCUUUUCAUAUCUAAUAUCUAAAAUGCAACAUUUGCCCUUUAAAGUAGCCGUUCUCCUUGACUUGCUCCGGACCAUUGCACAACAUGCAGAGCACUUAACUGCACAUUCAUGUUGAGUGUUUGUUAUUGUUGGUUUACCUCGACUGACCGGUAAACCUUUAUGUAGUUUUUUUUUUUUGCUCCCAAGUGGCUCAGGCUCAACCAAGAUGUUUUCAAACUAUGCAGUAAUAUUAACAGCUAAAUAUCAAACAUGGCGAAUUAUGUUAAAAUACACCUUGUUUUUCUACACUAACAAACUUAAAAAAUCCCAAGUACACGUUAAAUAAACUCUAUCCUUUUUAUUGUUUUUGUGAAUGAUUAUCUUGUUAAAAUUUAUAAAUGAGUGAUAAGGAAAAUGAAGGUUUUUAAAUAACAUAAAUAUAAUAAAAGAAAUAGUGCCUUUGAGAUUAUUAUAUUGUUACGUCUGUGUUAGUAUGAAAGAAUUUGCGAUUGAAGUUGAUGCAUAUUUGAUUAUUUUUUAUAUCUUCACUAAUGUCUUAAGUAUUGAAUGAAGUCAAUUAAUCCGUAUUAUAAGCUACAAUGGACCUUACUUUCUACAAUGACCUUUAACUGUGUUAAAUUGUUUCUUUCUUAAUAAUGCGUACUGUGACAGCUAUUGUUUACACUACAAUGCACUGUUGUGCAAUGAUACAUUAAUCAACUUUUUACAUUUUUUUUAUGAAAGAAUAAACAUGUGAAUCAGAAAAAGACAUUUUAUGUUAAUAUAUCAAAGCUUUUCUUUAUUUUACUUUUUUUCUGCAUUGAUUGUCAAUAAGCCGUCCUGUCCUUGUCUUCUUUAUUCAGCAAUUAUUACAAAAAUCAGCAGGUGCGUCGUCAUUUCAGGCAAAAAAUUCAAAUGUACAAAACAAGGAUGUUGCUUCUGUUGGUACAAAAUCUAGAAGGUACUAAUUAUUAUGCUACAAAGUAGAUAAAGAGAAUUUUUAGAGUGUUUUAUACACAAAUAGGUAGAAAGCAGAAAUCUUCAAGUUAGUUCUUAUAAACACUAUACAAAUUGUUGUUUGUUUUUUACAACCUUUUACAGACUUCUGUAAAGCAGUGGCGAAGUAGAAAAAAUAAAGCUGAGUUGCACAACCAAGCCUGGUGUUUUUUUGUCACUUUAUCUCCUGAUAAAACUAAAUUGUUGACGUAUUCAGACACCUGUACUAUAAAUUGUUUUCUUCUGUAAGUGGAUGACAUUUGACAAUUGGACUGUGGCAGCUAAUAUUUUGGUUUUAUUAUAAAGUUAUUUCUAGAAGCAGCAGUUGAUUAAAAAAGCUGAGUAAGGUAGACACAGCUGCUAACGUCAGGAUUAUUCUCCUGUUGGUUCAAGACAAACUGACUUACGGUCUUUAAGCUCUUAUUGCGUCUGUUCAAGCUCAGAUGAGCAAUGACACAUGACGAUAUUUAAUUUUCCAAACAGUUUGCUUGUCUGUACUGCUCAAGAAUGUGUUAACAUAAUCCUAAAAAAUGAAAGACAUCAUGAAUAAGUUGUAGUUUCUGACUAAUGAUUCAAGAAGGGAUUGUUUUUGUACUUAAAAUAACUCAAUAGUGUAUCUUAGGUAAGCAAAGUUGCCUUUAAAAAUGUCUUUUUGUAGAAAGAUGUUUUAAUAUUCAAUGGUAACAUUAAAAUGUCCCCACUAUCAGGAUAAGGGUAAUAACAGUGACUUAAGUAUCCUCAGUACUUGGAUACUUAAGUCACUGCUAAAUCUUGGAUUAUUCUGAAUACAAUUGAAUACGUUAUAAACACCAUAAAAAAAAGUGAGGCGAUCAGGAUUCCAAUGAAUCAAUGAGUAUAAAUGGAUUAGUCAAAGUCCGGAAGUCAAGUUGAUUGAAAUGCUUUCAGGACCUUAUAGAAGUUAUUGCAUAAUUUGAUUUCUGCAAAUAUUGAUGGGCUUAAUCAAUCAUGUAAUGGAGAGUGGCCAAAACUCAUAAAGAUUGUGAAAGAUCUUAAAAAGAAGAUGCAGAAAUACAAGUUAUUACAGCUACAUGUCAUCCUAUUUGUUUCACUCUGACUUUUGCAACACGAUAAAAGUCUUAGUUAGAUAAAUAACAUUAAGGUUCAUUGUUGCAUGUGUUGCUUUCAUCUGAAGAUUUAACUGAAACAUGUGGACCAGGUGAGGUCACUAAAUAUUAGUUAAAUUACUUUUUAAUCUCAACUGUCUCUGUUGUUUUCCCCCAUUACUGCUAUCCAAUCAGACAAAAAAAUCAUGUCUUAAUCCACCCAAAUAGUUUUAAAAUUAGUUUCAAUUUUAAUGUGGUUAUGAAAUACGUAAGUCCCUGUUGUUUACGUAUGUGUAUGUGUCUCCUGUGUGUAGCUGCGCAAUCCCUUUUUGUUUUGGUCGUAUCAGUAAAGAAGCCCUUUGAUUGCACACGUUGCCAUCCCACAGUCCAGAGCCGAUAGCCGCAAAUUGACCUGAAGUUAUUAUAGUUUGGCAGUGCGUAGCGGAACAUGCUGGCCUCACGUCACGCUGGAGCUGUGUGGUUCUCUUCUCUCUUCACAGAUGUGUUUGUAUGUGAAACUGUCUUUAG